GUCAGUGGAGGCAGUAGGGAGUUUUCUGCUGGGGUCAGGAGGACUGUGAUCAGACAAGCGGACCCUGCCCCAGUCACCCGUGUAUGAUUGGAGUGUAGCAGAAAGAGAAAACACCCCCAACUUUUUUUCCUCUCUUGCCUCAAAGAGUCUACAUGUCUAGUGGCAUCUAGAUAUGUUCAGCUUUGUGGAUUUGCGGCUGGCGCUGCUGCUCAGCGCAGCGGUGCUUCUGGUCAGGGCGCAGGGCGAGGACGACCGCACGGGCUCGAGCUGCACUCUUGACGGUCAUGUGUUUGCGGACCGGGAUGUGUGGAAACCAGAACCAUGUCAGAUCUGUGUGUGCGACAGUGGCCACGUGAUGUGCGAAGAGGUCAUCUGCGAGGACACAAGUGACUGUGCCAACCCAGUCAUCCCCCACGACGAGUGCUGCCCCGUCUGCGCUGACGAUGGCUACCAGGAACAAGUUGAGGGACCCAAGGGAGAGCGUGGACCCAAAGGAGAGAGAGGUCCUCCUGGUCCCCCUGGUAACGAUGGCAUCCCCGGUCAACCUGGACCAGCUGGACCUCCCGGCCCCCCUGGACCUCCCGGCCUCGGUGGAAACUUCUCCCCUCAGAUGUCCAGUGGCUAUGAUGACAAAUCACCCGCCAUGCCCGUGCCUGGACCAAUGGGCCCAAUGGGACCCCGCGGACCCCCAGGACCUGCUGGAUCUAGUGGACCCCAGGGAUUCACCGGCCCCCCUGGUGAGCCUGGUGAGGCUGGAGCUGCUGGUCCCAUGGGUCCCCGUGGAGCUGCCGGCCCCCCUGGAAAGAACGGAGAGGACGGUGAGUCUGGCAAACCCGGUCGCAAUGGUGAGCGCGGACCCUCUGGCCCACAGGGAGCCCGUGGUUUCCCCGGAACCCCCGGUCUGCCCGGCAUCAAGGGACACAGAGGAUUCAGUGGUCUGGAUGGAGCUAAGGGAGACGGCGGCCCUGCUGGACCCAAGGGAGAGGCUGGAGCUCCUGGUGAGAACGGAACCCCCGGUGCUAUGGGACCUCGUGGUCUGCCUGGUGAGAGAGGCCGUUCUGGUGCUAACGGUGCUGCUGGAGCUCGUGGAAACGAUGGUGCCGCUGGUGCUGCCGGACCUCCCGGUGCCACUGGACCUGCUGGACCCCCUGGAUUCCCUGGUGGCCCUGGAGCCAAGGGUGAUGCCGGACCUCAGGGAGGACGUGGACCCGAGGGACCCGCUGGAUCCCGUGGUGAGCCUGGAAACCCCGGACCUGCUGGCGCUGCUGGACCUGCUGGAAACCCCGGAACUGAUGGAGCCCCUGGUGCUAAGGGAGCCCCUGGUUCUGCUGGAGUUGCUGGAGCACCCGGCUUCCCCGGACCUCGUGGACCCCCAGGAGCUCAAGGAGCUGCUGGUGCCGCCGGACCCAAGGGAAACACUGGUGAUGCUGGUGCCCCAGGAGCCAAGGGAGAGGCCGGUCUCAAGGGAGAGGCUGGUGCCCCAGGAGUUCAAGGACAACCAGGACCUCCAGGUGAGGAGGGCAAGAGAGGAUCAAGAGGAGAGCCCGGUGCUGCCGGAGGCCGUGGAGCCCCUGGAGAGCGUGGUGCCCCUGGUGGUCGUGGUUUCCCUGGUUCUGAUGGCCCUGCUGGACCCAGAGGUGCCAACGGUGAGCGUGGUGCCCCCGGUCUUGUUGGACCUAAGGGUAACAGCGGUGAGUCUGGACGUACCGGAGAGCCUGGUCUGCCCGGAGCCAAGGGUAUGACUGGUAGCCCCGGCAGCCCCGGACCUGAAGGCAAAAUGGGACCUGGUGGAACCCCUGGACAAGAUGGCCGCCCUGGACCCCCUGGAUCUGUUGGAGCUAGAGGCCAGCCUGGUGUCAUGGGAUUCCCCGGACCCAAGGGAGCCGCUGGUGAGGGUGGAAAGCCCGGCGAGAGAGGAGUGAUGGGACCCACCGGCGCCACUGGUGCCCCUGGAAAGGACGGAGAUGUUGGUGCCCAGGGACCCUCUGGACCUGCUGGCCCUGCUGGUGAGAGAGGAGAGCAAGGACCUGCUGGACCUCCUGGAUUCCAGGGACUUCCUGGACCUCAGGGUGCUGUUGGUGAGACUGGAAAGCCUGGAGAGCAGGGUCUGCCUGGUGAGGCCGGAGCUCCCGGUGUUGCUGGAUCAAGAGGAGACAGAGGAUUCCCUGGUGAGCGUGGUGCCCCCGGUGCUAUUGGACCCGCUGGUGCCCGUGGAUCCCCCGGAUCCGCUGGAAAUGAGGGAGCCAAGGGAGACGCUGGUGCCUCUGGUGCCCCCGGAGCUCAGGGUCCUCCUGGACUGCAGGGUAUGCCUGGUGAGCGUGGUGCUGCUGGCCUUCCUGGACUGAAGGGAGACAGAGGUGACCAAGGAGGCAAGGGUACCGAUGGUUCUCCUGGAAAGGAUGGACCUCGUGGUAUGUCUGGACCUAUUGGACUUCCUGGACCCGCCGGAAAUCCCGGAGACAAGGGAGAGCCUGGCGCCGCCGGCCUUGUUGGACCCGCUGGAGCCCGUGGACCCCCUGGUGAGCGUGGAGAGUCUGGACCCCCCGGACCUGCUGGCUUUGCCGGACCCCCUGGUAAUGAGGGAGCUCCUGGUGCUAAGGGAGAGGCUGGAGAUAAUGGUGCUAAGGGAGAUGCUGGUCCUCCCGGAGCUGCUGGACCUACUGGUGCCCCCGGACCUGCGGGACCUGUUGGCAACACUGGUGCUAAGGGAGCCCGCGGACCUGCUGGACCUCCUGGUGCUACUGGCUUCCCUGGUGCUGCUGGCCGCGUCGGACCUCCCGGCCCCUCUGGAAACCCUGGACCUCCCGGAGUCUCUGGACCUGCUGGCAAAGAAGGACCCAAAGGAAACCGUGGUGACACUGGACCUGUCGGUCGCCCUGGUGAGCUUGGAGCUGCUGGACCUCCAGGACCUUCCGGAGAGAAGGGUAGCCCUGGUGGUGAUGGUGCUCCUGGUAGUGCUGGUAUUCCUGGACCUCAGGGUCUGGCUGGAAGCCGUGGUAUUGUUGGUCUGCCUGGACAGAGAGGAGAGAGAGGUUUCCCUGGUAUGCCUGGACCUUCUGGAGAGGUCGGAAAGCAGGGACCUGCUGGCCCCGGCGGUGAGCGUGGACCUCCUGGACCCAUGGGACCCCCUGGAUUGGCUGGUGCCCCUGGUGAGCCCGGACGUGAGGGAGCCCCCGGUAACGAGGGAUCUUCCGGCCGCGACGGAGCCGCUGGACCUAAGGGAGACCGUGGAGAGACCGGACCUGCUGGAGCCACUGGUGCCCCUGGACCCUCUGGUGCCGCCGGACCUGUUGGACCCGCUGGCAAGACCGGUGACCGUGGAGAGAGUGGACCUGCUGGCCCAGCUGGCCCUGCUGGUCCUUCUGGACCUCGUGGCCCCGCUGGUGCUGUCGGAGCUCGUGGAGACAAGGGAGAGUCUGGUGAGGCUGGAGAGAGAGGCAUGAAGGGACACAGAGGAUUCACCGGCAUGCAGGGACCUCCUGGACCCUCUGGACCUUCUGGAGACCAGGGACCUGCUGGUGCUGCUGGACCCGCUGGACCUAGAGGCCCAUCUGGAUCUGCUGGUUCUCCCGGUAAGGAUGGUAUGUCUGGCCUGCCUGGACCUACUGGACCUCCUGGACCCCGUGGACGUUCUGGAGAGAUGGGACCUGCUGGACCUCCUGGACCUCCCGGACCCCCUGGACCUCCUGGUGCCCCUGGUGGCGGAUUUGACCUCGGCUUCAUUGCCCAGCCACAGGAGAAGGCACCUGAUCCCUACCGUUUGUUCCGUGCUGAUGAUGCCAAUGUUCUCCGUGACCGCGAUCUGGAGGUGGACAGCACCCUGAAGAGCCUCAGCCAGCAGAUUGAGCAGAUCCGCAGCCCCGACGGAACCCGCAAGAACCCUAAAGGUUCAAAUCGUCUGACCAUAUCUGUUGUCGGUCCUUCUCAUUCAGGCGAGUACUGGAUCGACCCCGACCAGGGCUGCACUCAGGAUGCCAUCAAGGUCUACUGCAACAUGGAGACUGGCGAGACCUGCGUGUCUCCCAUGCAGAGUGAGGUUGCCAAGAAGAACUGGUACGUCAGCAAGAACAUCAAGGAGAAGAAGCACGUCUGGUUCGGCGAGACCAUGAACGACGGCUUCCAGUUCGAGUACGGCAGCGAGGGCGCUCAGCCUGAGGAUGUCAACAUUCAGCUGACCUUCCUGCGUCUCAUGUCCACCGAGGCAUCCCAGAACAUCACCUACCACUGCAAGAACAGCGUCGCCUACAUGGACGCCUCCGCCGGUAACCUCAAGAAGGCCCUGCUCCUCCAGGGCUCCAACGAGAUCGAGAUCAGAGCCGAGGGCAACAGCCGCUUCACCUACAGCGUCCUGGAGGACGGUUGCACGUCACACACCGGUUCAUGGGGCAAGACAGUCAUCGACUACAAGACAACGAAAACAUCUCGCCUGCCCAUCAUUGAUAUUGCUCCUAUGGACGUUGGCGCUCCAGACCAAGAGUUUGGCCUUGAAGUUGGACCCGUCUGUUUCUUGUAAAAAGAGAAAUCUGGACUUGAAAUUGUUGUUGUGUGUGUGAGUGUGUUUUAUUUUUUUCUAGCAGUCAUCUCUCUCUAAAAAAAAAUGCCCACCAAAACAUUCUCCUAAUGCCAUUUUUUUCUGAAAAAAUCCAACCCCUCACUCCUGAUUCUACGGUUUCAUUCGGCCAUUGUUCCGAUGGUCCACUUUGCCUAAAACCUGCACUUCGACAAGAUGGCGGUGAUGUGGCAGCAUCUACAUCAUUGUUUUGGGACCACUACUUUUUUUUUGUUUGUUUCUGACUUUCUUAUUUUCAAUUGUUUUUUUCCAUCACCAACACCACGGAUCCUGUAGAGAAGACAUUUUGUUUCACUGGCAACAAGAAAAUAAUAUAUGCUUCUGUAAAGUGUAAAAAAAUAACUUCCCCUCUUCAAAACCAGGCCUCUCUGGAGUUUACAGAAACCAACUCAAACACACACAGUUGACUUUUGUAUUUUUGUACACCACUGCGGUGAGAGGAUUGAAAGGACAGCCCCAACAGACAGAACCAAUUUCUUUGUACCACGUUUCAGGUGUUGAUGAAUAAACGGUGAAACUGACAGCCAUGUUUGUCUCUGUCGUUCUGCCCCCGACCAGACUGACAGCUCUUUUCCUUUCCAUCUGCUGCUGAUGUUGCAGCUGUUGUGAUGAGUUUGUUGUUGUGGACACUUUCUUGUCUGUUUGUUUCUCUCGCUUUUUUUUUUUUUCCAAAAACAAAGUCACAUUAAAACCACCAGCAGAGAAACAUGGGUUUAACCUCUUUUUUGAAAGGAAAAUCUAACGGCUACCUCAGAGAGCAGGGAAAAACAGCUUUGGGGAAAAAAAAGGGCCCAGUGUUGAGAGGUGCCUGCUGUAGUUGUGUCGUUGUGAUGGGGCCGAUGGGGAAGUCCACAUUUGCUUACGCUUUAUCAGAAGCAGAAACAUCUAAAUCUUGAGGUGCUAUUCUUCCUCUGGGGCCUGACUGUGUUACUGUGGUGCAGCGUGGUCCUGGACCUGGUGCUAAAAUGAAAAGAGCUCAACUUGUUGAUGUCCAGACUGAGACAAAGUUCUUCUCCCUCAGCUUCCUUAGUGCUGGCUGUGAAACUAACUUUAACCUCCUGUUCUUGGCCUUGACCUCAUCUGUCAAUCACACUCUCCUCCACCUCCUCAUCCACACAACUGUUGUGGCUGCUUUCUGACUUUCCUGUGUGAAGGGUGACAUUUCUCAAUGGAGAAAAAAAAAAAAAGUAAUUGGCAACAAAAUGCACAAAAGAGCCAACAUUUGUGAGAGAAGGGAGACAGACACACCGACGGGGCGAAAACACCACGAGGAUCUGUACCUAUUUUGUAUAUGUAUAAUAAAUUGAGAUGUUUUUAAUUAUUUUGAAUGCUGAAAUAAAGCAUGUUAAGUGGUCUAA